UGAGUAUCGACGGUGAAAAGGGACGAGAGUUUCGAGGGCCACAAAAAUUUACAAGGUUCCUGCUAACUGUGGACAAUACAAAUAUAUCGUCUAGUGUGGAAGGUACGCUGGAUCUGAUUGAUGAGGAUCUAGCGCAAUUUUCGGAAAGAUGUCUGAAUGCUGUAACUGAAUCGAGUAUGGUUUUGAAGGAAAGUGUCAAUGUUGCUUGGAUCAGUCCUCCAGCAGGCAGUGGAUGUAUCUUAAUUAGAGCUUCAGUUGCAGAAAGUCCGGAAACAUGGUUCAUUGACGAGAACAGUAUAGCAAAAAUGGUUUGUCAAGAUCCAAGGGUAGAGGAAGACGACCCCGGACCUGUAUUGUCCGAAUGCUGUGCCUGUGACGAGGCCAAAUAUGAAGUCACCUUUGAGGGUCUUUGGUCCAGAAAUACUCACCCGAAGGACUUUCCUUCAAAAGGCUGGCUUAUUCGCUUUUCGGAUGUUAUUGGCGCCUCACAUACCAUCGAUUACAGAUUCUGGCAGUUCAAUGAGACUUCCAGUGAAGGACUACAGCAGGUAGCAGAAUUCGGAUCAACAAGGAAGUUGGAGUCAGAAUUGAAGGAACAGAGCCAACACAUUAGAACAAUCAUCAAAGCCCGAGGCAUAAGCCACCCAAACGUAACUGGUCGUACAUUCGCAGUCUUUAGAGUUGAUCGAAAGCAUCACCUGAUGUCCCUUGUAUCCAUGAUUGUUCCCUCACCAGAUUGGAUCGUCGGUGUAUCGGGUCUCGAACUCUGCCUAUCAAACUGUUCAUGGAUAGAGCACAAGGAGCUGAAUUUGUAUCCGGUGGAUGCAGGUACUGAUGACGGAAUUACUUAUAUGUCGCCAGAUUCGCCGACAGAUCCGCAUGAACCAAUAAGGCGAAUCACGUCCGGCUGGCCGAAUGACACUCGAUCGCCCUUCUACAAUUCCCUUGGUGGGGACAUGAAACCCAUGGCUAAACUUCACCUGAAACGUCAGAGACUCUACGAAAAAACAUGCGACGACGCUGUCACCUCACUCGUUGAUUCAGAGGCUUGCAGGACAACGCGCUGGGGUGAAUGGGAACCAUGUUCAGUCACUUGCGGACGUGGUAUUCGGCUGCGGCAGAAGCAUUACAAGGAUUGGCAGACUGCAGCAGCUAACAAUUGCAAUGUGAAGCUGACAGAUAAGAUGGAGUGCAUGGAAAGAGGCCCAGACUGCCUCCAUCUUGACGCAACAAUGCUGAACAACCCUGAGUGUGUCUUAAGCGACUGGACUGAUUGGAGCGAGUGCACAACUACUUGUGGUGAUGGAAUGAAAACACGAUCACGGAAUUUCAUCAACAAAAAAGCGCGGAAACGUUGCAGAACUACGAGUAAUAGUCUGGAGCUGGAGCAGACAAUCGACUGUCAAAAUCAACCCUGCAUUGAAAAUGAAGAAGGAACUGAAGAAAACGAAAAUGCGUAUGAAAAUGAAACUGAAAACGGAAAUGGCAAUGAGUAUGACGAGGAUCAUUUGGAAAACGAGGAGGUCGAGAGAGAGGUGGAAGAAGAGUUCAAGGAAGAAGAGGAUCAGGAUGUGGAGGCAACCGAAGAAUGGUUGCAGGUGAGGGUCAAUUGCUGAUGAAAAAUUAGAUGCGCGAUUAUAAUACAUCCUUUUAACAAUUUCGAAUUUCGAUGCACCAAUUAACCGCAUCUUCGUCGAUUUUCUUACAUUCAACGAUUUUAGACUGACACACGUGAACAUCAUAGAUUUUAGGAUGCAUAUCCGUCGAUGACACGAGCGCAAUAAUAUUAUAUAAAAUACUGUUGUGUACAUUAAUUCCAAUUUUUGAACAAAGUCAUUGCAUGUGUUCUUACGGCCAUCAGGGCUCGCAGUGUAGCAUUCAUGUUUAAUGUACAGUACAUAAGUGAUGGAUCACAAUGUGAACAAAUAUAUGUGGAGUGGUGACGAACCGUGGCGCCUAUAACAGGUGAUUACGGAGUUGAAAUAUUUGAGAAACUACUACAACAAUGUCAAUCUUUCCUACUACUCUCCUCGACGGUCUCUCUCGAGAUCAAUCGCCCGUUGAUACAAAGUUUACGAGAUAUUGAUAUUUUUCCAUCUGUUCAGAAACAAAAAAUUUUGAUCAUUCGAUCAGUUGUCAAAAAAUGAACCUAGCAAUUAAAAUUUGGUAUGAUUUUUCCAGUAUAAUAUGAAAAACCUAGUAUAAUAUGAAUAUAAUAUGAUGUAUAAUAUGAUAUAUAAUAUAAA